CACACUUUCAAUACUGGGUUACGAGAAUUUUACUUCAAGGUCCUCGUUUAGGAGCAAAUAGAGGAGGUAUAAAUGGAAAGACGAGCAACAAUAGCUCACAGUUGGAGUUCAACAACUCGAUCGAAAAUGUAUGCGUACAUCUGUUUUGUAAUGUGCUUCUUCGUCGGUAGCAGCUUAGCCGACUAUCCGCAAAGAGAAGCGUCCUACUACUCCGCUCCAAACGACCCGUAUUCGGUGGGCAUCAACCAUAACUCAAUUCAGGAACCAUCCCAGAGACUUUUCUGGGGAAACCAAGGCAGCAAUCAAGUUGGUGGAACUGGACUAUGGGCUACAUUGACGAAUAAGUUCCCGUUCCUGGGAAAUAUGUUUGGCCGUAUGGAACUGCCGACACAGUACGGCGCGCCCAGUCAGUACGACGUGUCUCAGCAGUACGGUGUUCCACCGAGGUUCCAGCCUCAGUACUAUUCCGGCCAGCAGCAAAUCUAUCAGCAAGUUCCUCAGCAGUUCCCGCAGCAGUUUGCUCAACAGUUUCCUCAACAGUUCCCUCAACAGUUUCCUCAGCAAAUCGGACAGCGAUUUGUGCCUUCAGGUCGCGACGUGGGAAUAACUGACGAUGCAGUGAUAGUGACACCUCCAUUUGUGCCACCAGUGCAACCCCCUCAGUUCCCAGCUCCCGCACCAGCACCGGCGCCCGUACCGGUACCUGCACCCCAGCCCUCACCAGACCAGGGGUACACCUAUGAGAGGCCUCAGUACAGGUUGGAACUUCCCCACAAAUAAACCGAUGCGCUUUACUAACUGACUGACCGUAGACGCUAAGUAAAUAUAGUCAUUGCACUUUUUUGUUUAAUUUACUGUCUGUGUUUUCUUUUGGUAAAUAUUUCAUAUUUGCCCAUGUGUGAAGAACAACACGUACUUGCCAAAUAUUUUAAUUAUAAGUGCGACACCGUGUCAACUGAUUAAGUAAGAUUUAACAAAACAAACUUAGUUAAAGAUCAUUAAACUCGGUCCAGUUCAGUUUUACCUACUGGUUAAAUUCAACAGCUUUACAUAGAAGCAUAUAAAUUAAUUGUGCAAAAUGAUUAUUUGAACACAAUUAUUUGAACGUGUUACAGAAAUAAAUAGAAAUUGCAAUUGUAAUUGUAUAUCAAUCACCAUAUGUAUUCUCCGCUACAAUACUACGAAUUUCUCUGUUAUAAUAUUAUGAAAAUAAUAUCGACUACGGGUUUUAUAAUACUUAAACUGUCAAUUGUAAUGUGCUCUCUGAAUUUAUUUUUAUAGAUGCAAUAAAAGUAUUUAAACUA